AUGGUAUUGUUUGGACUCAGUCUCUCUCAAAUUUUCAAGAUCCUGGAGAUUAUAUUCUGUGCCGUGGCCCUGGUAAUCCCGAUGUUCCGUGGCUCCAUGUCCAAUCCAUACGGGAUCUGGUGUGAGUUCGUGUGGGUGUUUGGACUCAUUCUGGCCAUAGUAAUCCUUGUUAUCGAAACGUUACUUGUUUCUAAAAUGAUCGAGCUGUUAGUGUUAAAACACAGCUGGGAAGAUCUGACCUGCGGACUCACACUUCUAACAUCACUCAUGCUGUUGUCCGCGUCUCUCAUCUACUGCUCCGUCUUUGUGUGUGAAACGUGCAUUGCAGACAUAAUUUGCGCCAUCUUCGCCAUACUUGCGUUUGGAGUGUACACUGUUGAUGCCGUGAUGUCAAAACUGAAGUGUCCACAAGGCUAUCUGUCCAACGGGCGAGGCAUUCUGAGAUUCAGCCAGGCGCUUGUCGCCUGCCUCAUUUUCACUGCAGUGCACAGCUACUUUAAAGGCGUGGAAACCUGGUUCCGUCCAUUCGGUUUAGUCUGGUGUAUUCUGGUCUACGUGGUUUGUUUCAUUCCAAGUGUGCUGAUCAUCGUGUCCCACCUGCAGAAGUGCGUGGAUCUGUUGCGAUGCUGCAAUCCCAAUAAGUUGGAGCUGGUUAUCGAUAUUGUUGCUGUAGUGCUGUACACAACGGCGGCUAUUCUCUGGCCUGUGUUUGGGUAUAGAAAAUAUGUAAGAGGAAAUCAUGACUAUCAAUACUAUAAUUAUCGUUAUCAUGAUGUGAACAUGGUCACAAUCAUGACGUAUGUAAACCUGGGACUCUACGUGGCGGAUCUCAUUUGGACACUGAUUGUACUUUAUAAAAACAGGUAA